ACCAAAUUAGAACUAACCGCUACCCAAGAAAAACAACGAGCCAAUUACUACGAACAACAAUUAAAAACCAUCGCUAAAACCCUUUACCAAUUACAGAAAAUCAGUUAUUAUCAGCAAUUAGAGGAGGAACAAAAGGAAAUUAAAGCCCAAAUUAUCCAAACCCCCACCUUUUAA